AUGCGCUUACUUGUCUUCAACACACUUCGCACGAAUCCUGUAGCCAUUGGAUCUGCUCGAAGACGUCUUUCAGACCACCUCACCUACAUACCUGUUUUCCGGCCCACCGAAAACAUGGCGUGUGAAGACUUCGAGCGUCGCUGGUCCAUGCGCAAGGGUCAUCGUCACCUCUUGGAGAGCGAGAAGGGUCGCGCGACCUUUGCGCACUCCAUCGGCAGGAAAUGGCUGCGACGGCAGCACGACUGCGAAGUCCCACCAGAGGAGCUGCCCAAGAAGCGAAGUGCAGAGUCUCGCAAGUCUGGGAAGUCGCAGAAGAAUGCCGAUCAUUGGCUGAGUGGCCGAGCAUUGGACUGGGAACAUGUUGAUGUUGAGCCCUUCUGGUUCGACUCUGAAGUGGAAUGCGAGGAGACCUGGUCUGAAGCUUCCUGGGAUUUUUCGAGGCAGUCCACCACCGGCAGCGUCUCCUCCUUGGAGACCUUGCCCAGUGAACCCGAGACCCGUCCCACCGCCGAACGCUGGGAGGAAGCUCAGGCGGUGGCGAAGCGCAUGGCCCAGAAGUACCGGCCACCGCCAAGGCCGCCAGCGAGAGAGGUGAAUCGUCCCGUGAAGCCAACUCCCGUCGCGGAGCCGGAAGACGGUGUGAUCUCUUGUGCCCCUCGUCUGGACGGUCGGCCCCUGGGUGCAGGAGCACCCCCACCGGAGCUGGAGCCCGAACAUGACCGGGUCCUCUCCUUUGCCAAGCCUCAGACCACCGAGCAGCUCCGAGCGCAUGGCGAGGCCAAGGGCCGUGCUCGGUUAGUUCGUGAGUGCAAUCGAGGCAAAGGCCCAAAGCCUGACGUGAGGGAGCAGGUGAUCAGUCCCAAAUCCGAUGAGUAUGAUGCAGUCACGCGGUACUUUCAAGCGACCCUGGGGCACGAGACUGUAAUCCAGUCCCUGACCAGGAUCAAUGUACCGAAGUUUCAUGAACGCUUUCUGACCAAUGGAGACAACACUAUCAUGUUUCAUGGAUGCCGAACUGCACAGAACGAGGCCAGCAUUUUGGCAAAUGGUUUCAGAGUCUCCUCUUGCGUCAGUGGUGGCAUGCGAUUUGGCACUUGGUUUGCCUAUAAGGCCGACUACAGCAACAUUGGCUAUGCUUUCCAGGAUCCACAGGGCUGGAAGCAUCUCUUUGUAUGCGUUGUGUCAUACUACCACACUGUGAUGGACCAGAUGCAGAUGCGAGUGGUGGGCCAAAACUGCGCCAUUCCACAAUGGCUCAUCAGAUACCGGACGGUUCCGCCUCCAACCAGUGUACUUCGAUCACCACCUCCAGUCACUUUGCCAACGAAGUCCGCCCAUCAGGGCAGCGAGCGAACUUGGUAUGUUGUCCGAGAUGGCAAGUGGGAGCUCGAAGGCACGUGA